AUGACCCAAGAAGAGCGAGCGGCGCCGGCGUACCGAUCCCGGCGCGUGCUUCUACCAGCGAUCGCAUUUGUCGUCGGCGCCAUCGCGACGAUUGUCGUCGUUGCGACAACCACCGGCGUCUUUGACUCGCACGCGCCGUCGUCUACGCAGGAUACGUCGAGUGGGACAGAAGCCCCGUCGUCGUUCACGGCCGUCGGGGACAACACGACCGCGCUUGACGUAACGACGACGGCGCCCAAGGCGACACCAAGUGGCACUGGGGGCGCAUCCCACCUCGGUGCAACGUCGACGUCGGUCGAUCCGACGGCACCGGGCGAAACCAUGAGCCACAACACGGAAUCCAGCACACCGACGAGCGAGCUUGCAAGUGGCAGUGACUCGAUGUGGGCGAGUGCUUCGUCGUCGGCGGCAGGCAGCGAACACUGGGACAGCAGCACGUCGGCGGCAGGUAACGAAAGCUGGGACAACAGCGCGUCGUCGUCCUCGGCACCGUUUGACUGGGACGAAAUUGAGCCACCGGCAAGCGCAGAGUCCGGUAGCAACUCGACGAUGCCCGCGUCGGCUCACACGAACGACGGCAACGCUGCUGCGGUCCAGGAGAGAGCCAUCCAAGCCAAGCUAUCCCAGCACUUGAACCGACUUCGCGCCGAGCAAAAGCAGCUGCAGCGCCAGAUCCAGCUUGCCCAGAGGCAAACUCCGACGUCGGUCUCGGGUCUCCACACAAGCAUUGCGAGCACGACCGUGUACAACCAGCAGCUCCAGGCGCAGUUGGCGGCACUCGCCGCCAGCCGUCAACACCCCAAGUGACGUGUGCAACUGUUGUUGACAUAUUUCUCUACCGGAUACAUGUUUUGCUUAUAAUAAACGUUCAAAUGACACUUCGCGAAU